UGGCGCAGGCUCCGUUCUCUACUCCCCAGUAUCGCCAACCAGCAGCACGGCCAUGCUAUCCCGGAAGCCUCGGUCGUCGCUCCUGCCACCGUGAACAUCACAGACGAGUUGAUGGUAGGCGGCCUUGCCACGCUCAUGCUGCGCCUCUGGUUCGAGCGCGAUGAGAGUGACCAGCGGCGCGUUCCCGUCCUGUUACAUCGUCUCAGGAUACGCAUUACGGACAGCUUGCAUCCGCUGCAUGGUCAUAAGGCCGUCUUUCGGAUUGAGUGUGAGUAUGCAAAUGGAGCUGCAAGGUGGGUGGUCUACCGCCAGCUGAGGGAUUUCUUGUCGCUGCAUACGCAUUACACGCUAUCGAACGUGUAUAACCGCAAAGUCGAGACUUUGCCAGAUUUCCCUAAGACAAGUUUACCGUAUUUCAAGUUUCUCAGGACUCAGGGACAUGAGGUCGGACGGGCUGAAUUUGCUCGCAUGCAGCGGCAGUCUCUGGAGAACUACCUAAUAGGCUUAAUCCGCGCGGUCAUGUUCCAUCCUGCCUCUAAUCGCUUGUCUGGUUUCCUCGAGAUCAGCGCUUUGAGUAUUGCUCUGGCCCAGUCAGGGGGUGCCCAGUACAAAGCAGGUUAUUUACGCAUCGACGCUUCCGGAGGCCGAGGCGGUAGCUUUGGUAGGAAGGCAGCUAGCCGGAAAGAGAGGAGGGAGCACAAAUGGUGUGCCGUUCGCGAGAGCUAUCUGGUUGUCAUGAAGGAACCCGGGGAGCUUGAUGUCUGGGAUGUGUUCUUGUUCGAUCCGGACUUCAAGAUCGAGCGGCCGAAGCGAUACUACCGCGCGGGGCUCAAUCUCCUCCACGCGUCCUCCUCGGGCUCUUCGUCGUCCGACAUGCCAUCUGGAAGGCGAACGCCCGUCCUUGACCCGUCAACGAAUACCGACCCGCUGAUCGAAGCGGAUUCGCAUGACCGGAAUAUGAAUGACUUGCAGCCUCCGGCUGAUGGCAAGGAGGCGGAGAGACGGAAGAGGAGGAAGAAUAACGAGGUGUCGAAGCAUACAUUCUACAUCGAGAAUUCGCAGAUGAAGCUGAAGUUGUAUGCAAGGAAUGAGAGACAAAUGUUGCAAUGGAUUACGGGGUUGGAGAAAGCCGCAGCUAGCUGCCACUAUACUGGGAGCAAUAGGUUCGAUAGCUUUGCUCCUAUACGCCUGAACGUUGCGGCGCAAUGGCUGGUGGAUGGCCGAGAUUACAUGUGGAAUCUAUCCCGCGCCCUGCUCCUUGCGAAGGAGUGCAUUUACAUACACGAUUGGUGGCUCUCCCCAGAAUUGCAGAUGAGACGGCCAAAGAUGGACAAGUACCGCUUAGAUAGGCUCUUAGAACGCAAGGCGAAAGAGGGCGUUAAGAUCUAUGUCAUCCUUUACCAGGAAGUGUCAAGUCGAACCACGCCUACGGACAGCAACUAUGCGAAGCAAAGGCUCACGUCGCUGCACCCGAACAUUAUGGUCCAGCGUUCACCGUCACAUUUCCAGACCGGCACGUUUUAUUGGGCUCAUCAUGAGAAACUAUGUGUCAUUGACCAAGCCAUUGCUUUCAUGGGUGGGGUUGACCUAUGCUUUGGGCGAUGGGAUACUCCUCAGCAUGUGCUGGUCGACGACCCGGAAUCCCAAGAUGGCAUCGAAGUAUGGCCCGGCAAGGACUACAGCAAUGCUCGCAUACUCGAUUUCCAUACCUUGGACAAACCUGAUGAGGAUAUGUAUGAUCGGGCAAAGGUUCCUCGUAUGCCUUGGCACGACGUAGGCAUGCAGGUUGUGGGACAGCCGGCCCGAGACCUUGCGCGGCACUUCGUGCAGAGGUGGAAUUGGUUAUUACGGAUCAAGAAUCAUUCUCGGCCUAUGCCAUUCCUAAUGCCUCCUCCAGAGUUCAAGCCCGGAGAGCUAACUCAAAUGGGUUUGACUGGUACACUUGAGAUGCAAAUAUGCAGAUCAGCUGGCCCGUGGUCCCUUGGGACCCCGUCCCGCAUAGAGCGCUCUAUACAGAAUGCAUACUUGAAAGCUAUUCAGCUAUCCGAGCAUUUUGUUUACAUCGAGAACCAGUUCUUCAUCACCUCGACCAACGUGAAUGGCGUCAAAGUGGAGAAUAAGAUUGGUGAUGCGCUCGUACAUCGGAUCAUUCGAGCACAUCGCGAAGGCACUCCAUGGAAAUGCUGUAUCAUGGUGCCUUUGUUGCCAGGAUUCGCUUUCCCGGUGGACCAUAGUGAGGCGAGUGCGGUUCGCAUCAUCCUCGAAUGUCAAAACCGCACGAUGUGUCGUGGACCAGACUCUAUCUUUUCCCGCCUGAGGAAAGAAGGGAUCAAUCCCGACGACUACAUUAGCUACUUCUCUCUGCGCAACUGGGCCAAAUUACGCGGCGACGUACUGACAACCGAGCUGGUAUAUAUCCAUGGGAAAGUCUGCAUUGUGGAUGACCGGCUCGCCAUCAUUGGAAGCGCGAACAUCAAUGAACGGUCGCAACGUGGGGAUCGGGACUCUGAAAUAGCUGCAGUCAUCCGAGAUACAGACUUCAUUGACGGGUGCACUGAUUUUGAGGCGCCAAGUAGUACGAUGGCUGGAAGACCGUUCAAAGUCGGCCGAUUCGCCCACACACUACGGGUGCGGCUCAUGCGAGAGCACCUCGGUGUGGAUGUCGACGCAAUGGAGGAAGAUGACCUCAUGGCCUCGGAACCUGUGAAACAGGAACACGAGCAAGACGCCUGGGAUCCGGAGUCCGAGCAAGAGCACGGCGCGGAGAAAACUUUCACGCAUCUGAAGAAGCCGGUACACGGUAGUGUCAUCCACGAUACGAUCGACGAAGUGGAGCAAGGUAAGAUUCCAAGACUGAAGACUGACCAACUCGAUGCUACAGCUGGGGAAGAACAACUGCAAGCCGAGCGAACAACGUACACCCGCGAUGGUCAACAGGAGGCUGGCUUUGCCAGCGCUAUUAUACCUACUCUGGAAGAGCAGAUCAUCAUGGAAGGCCGUCCCCCAGAGAAUCAGGCAAACGGCAAGCCACUCAAAGAAGUGCUCAAUUCCGAAGGCAAAGGAGACAAAUCUGAAAGCAAUGGCCGUCCGCCUGAAGCAAGGGUGGAUAAGGGAGAACUAUACGGUGCUCCCGCAGAAGCGCACGACGGUGCGAAACAGGAUGAUGCGCCUCCUGAGCCUAAUGCGAUUAAGAAGGAUGCUGACGAAGAAGAGCAAGCAGCUCCUGGUGCUCGUUCGAUUCUUCGCCAACAUCUCACCGCACAGCUUAACAGCAAGUGGGUCCUGCCUACGCCCCGACCAGUGGUCGAUCCCGAUGGAUUCGAGGAUCCUAUUUGCGACGAAUUUUGGAAGAAUGUCUGGGUUGCGUCCGCUGUUCACAAUACGGAAAUCUAUCGCAAAGUUUUUCACGCUAUACCCGACGAUUUAGUAACAACGUGGAAACAGUACAAGGAGUUCGUUGCUCAUCAUGAACGUUUGAACAAGCCGGUACGCGGUCCUCCCACCGAAACCACGAACGAUCCCGCCGACAAUGUCUCGGAAGGGAGUGCCACCCGCGUUGGAGACGGGUCAGAGAACCAAGCAUCGGCUACUACCCCGACAAAGGAUCUACCGCAUCAGACCGACAAGGAUACCAGAUCACGGAAGCCGGCUCGGGGAGAUGAGCCAUUCGAGAAGUGGGAGCGGGAGGAAAUGGAGAAGCUACUUGGUGAAUUGAACGGACACCUAGUGAUCUAUCCCACUCGUUUCUUAGAAGGGGAAGAUAUCGCCAACAAUUUCUUGUUUAAUGCCGAUAGGUUGUUACCAAUGCCUAUCUAUGACUAGGAUACCCAUACUGCAAACCUCAUAAUCAUCAUUGGACACAGUAUCACUCUCGUUUCUUGACCGCGCAUCCUUCGUCGGACUUUUGUAUCAAACAACCUGUACUACCUGAUCAAUUCACGCACUCAAUAAGCGGGGUAUCUCGUUCCAUGCUUUCAACUCUAUUUAU